AUGGAUCGCGGGAAGAAGGUGGCGAGUCUCACCUCGGGCAUGCUGAUGAACCACCUGGCAUUUAUGGACGGCUGCCCCCAGUCCGCCACCGUUGUCUCCGCAUCGACGAGCCUGGACGCGUGGUGCAUGCCGUCGAAGGACCUCCGGCUUCUGCUGCAGCCGACCGCCUCGACGUGGGAGGCCACCAGCGAGGGCGCGUUCAUCAAGUACCAGGGGUGGCUGUCCGAGGUGGAUCUCCUCGGCUUCAUCGACCGCUUCGAGCUCAGCGAGCUGUCUCUGUCGCUGGAUGGGAAGCGCUACGGUGCGGACGAGGAAAUCAUCAGGGAGGGCGAGCCUGGGUCGAGGUUCUACAUCCUGCAGCGCGGCACGGCCGUCGCCUUCAAGGAGGGCGUUGGCAAGGUAAAGGAGUACUGUGAGCCCGGCGAAUAUUUCGGGGAGCUGGCGCUCAUCAGGGAACAGCCGCGGGCGGCAACUGUGUCCGCUGGUCCAGAGGGCUGCACGGUGGGCUCCCUGUCCAAGCAGGAGUUCCUCUCCUUCCUCGGCCCGGUGCGCAAGCUUAUCAAGCGGGAGGUGGAUGUGUACUACUCCAGCGCCAAGCAGCAGGCCCCGCAGGCGAGCUAG